CACAGGUCUGCUGUGCAGUCUGAAGCCUGAAUAGAGACUCUCAGCAGCAGAUCCUGCAUUUGCAUUUAAUGCAGACUUCUAGCAGACUUCAGCCGGCGGACCCAGCACCGCGGAUGACUCUGAACUCAACCAAACUUUGCUGAGCGAAGGUUAAGAGCAUCCGGAGAAAAAAACGAACGAAGUGGUGUCACAUCGGUGUUUGAACCUUGCUCGAGUUAAAGACGUAGCUUGGGUGUGACUCGGGUUGGGUGCGUUUUAAAUAGCUCCGGCUUGAAGAAGUGGGGACGGAACUAGGUUUCCUGGCGGAGGAGCACUAAAUCCACAGCGCAACAAACUGCCGGUGCACAGUUCACCGCUGAGCUCGAGCCAGACGGGCUGAGUGCGCUAAAACUGGAGGGUUUAACUCUGGGAUGCAUCUGUGUGGCGUUUAACAACAACAACAGGUCGUUUUUUAGCUUAAUAACGCCUGCAUCUCCGCUGUUUGGACCGCUUGAGCACCAGCCGUCCCCGUGUUUUGUCCAAACCGACGGACUUCUCGACACUGGAAGGACUUAAACUGAACUCAAGAUGUCAAUUUUGCCUUUCACUCCCCCCAUUGUCAAAAGACUUUUGGGCUGGAAGAAGGGAGAGCAGAACGGCCAGGAGGAGAAAUGGUGUGAAAAGGCGGUGAAAAGUCUGGUGAAGAAGCUGAAGAAGACGGGGCAACUGGACGAACUGGAGAAAGCCAUCACCACCCAGAAUAUCAACACAAAAUGCAUCACUAUACCAAGGUCUCUGGAUGGCCGUCUGCAGGUGUCCCACAGAAAAGGUCUGCCCCACGUCAUCUACUGCCGUCUGUGGCGCUGGCCCGACCUGCAGUCCCACCAUGAGCUGCGGGCGGUGGAGCUGUGCGAGUACGCCUUCCACACGAAGAAGGAUGAAGUGUGUGUCAACCCGUACCACUACCAGAGAGUAGAGACGCCGGUACUCCCACCAGUGCUGGUGCCCAGGCACACAGAAAUCCCCAGCGAGUUCCCACCUCUGGAUGACUACAGCCAUUCAAUCCCUGAAAACACCAACUUCCCUGCUGGCAUCGAGCCCCAGAGUAACUACAUACCAGAAACGCCACCACCAGGCUACCUCAGUGAGGAUGGAGAGACCAGCGACCACCAGAUGACCCACAGCAUGGACACAAGCUCCCCAAACCUGUCACCCAACCCUGUUUCACCCACACACAGCAACUUAGACCUUCAGCCAGUGACGUACUGCGAGCCGGCCUUCUGGUGCUCCAUCUCCUACUACGAGUUGAACCAGCGAGUGGGAGAGACCUUCCACGCCUCGCAGCCCUCGCUGACAGUGGACGGCUUCACGGACCCCUCCAACUCAGAGCGCUUCUGCCUGGGCCUGCUGUCCAACGUGAACCGCAACGCGGCUGUGGAGUUAACACGCAGACACAUUGGCCGUGGAGUGCGGCUGUAUUACAUCGGGGGAGAAGUGUUUGCUGAAUGUCUCAGCGACAGCGCCAUCUUUGUCCAGAGCCCCAACUGUAACCAACGCUACGGCUGGCACCCCGCCACAGUCUGCAAGAUCCCUCCAGGAUGUAACCUGAAGAUCUUCAACAACCAGGAGUUUGCUGCCCUGCUGGCCCAGUCUGUCAACCAGGGGUUCGAGGCCGUGUACCAGCUCACCAGGAUGUGCACCAUCCGUAUGAGCUUCGUCAAGGGCUGGGGAGCCGAGUACAGGCGACAGACGGUGACCAGCACCCCCUGCUGGAUCGAGCUGCACCUGAACGGCCCCCUGCAGUGGCUCGACAAGGUGCUCACACAAAUGGGCUCCCCCAGCAUCCGCUGCUCCAGCGUCUCUUAGGGAAACCCUUGAUCUACCCACUUCCUGUGCACCACGUCUCCUGUCAGUGACUAAAAACACACAGACUGCAUGCAGACCAGAAUGGCUACACAAGUCCGGAAAGAUGAUGAACCCCCCCCUCCUCAUUCAGCCAAUCCUCAAUCUGUUACUUAGUCCUUCCUCCCCACCAGCUGUUCGUAGCACUUUUUAUAUACGUGUUGUUUGUGGCAAAAGGAGACACGUGCAGUAAAGCAGUACCAUGUUAGUAUGAUCUCCACGUUUUGUCCAGAAUUAUUUUGAUCAUCUCAUUGCCAGAAAGGUUGUAGCAAUGGGAGGAGGUGUUUAUCAGUCAAGAGAUUCUCUUUUCUUUUCCUUGUUUUUCAUGAUUUCUACUUUUUUUGUACAGAUUUAAAGUGAACCGUGGUUUUAAAAAAUGAAUUACAUUUUUUAAGCAUUAAUAAGAAUUUUGUAAAGCAUGUUUAACAUCAUGCUGAAUGCAUUUCACUUGACUUUGUUUCUGCAUUUGGGCUUUUGAUAGGUUAUGAAGACAUUUGCAAAUGUGACCCAGUGAUAAUGUAAUGGAAAUGUUCAAGCACCGUUUGUAAACACUGUGUGAAGGAAUGUACUGUAAGCCUAGCACAAAUGUUUGUCAUUUUAUGCAGCCUGUGUUACUCUGACAAGACAAAAAACACGAUGUUAACCAAGCAUUUCAGACAGAAACAAAGCACACAGCAAGGAAUCAGUCCCACUUUAGAUACAACACCUUUUUCUCCCUCUGAUAGCUGUAUACAACAUACCUUGACUUGAGCCGUGAGCCUGAUUACAAAGCGGUCUGAUGCUUCAGGAUACAGUCGAGGCGACAGGAGGUACAACUCUUUCAACCCAUAUAUGAGUACUUAAGAUAUUGACAUUCAUCAAAUGUCAUGAGGAGGAUGAUGCACUUUUGUAAAAAGCAAAUGUUCUAGUAAAGUGAUGUCGGCAAAGUACAUCCAGUGGCAGUUGUAGUUCACUGCUGCAAUUGUUCUUGUCAGAGGGUUAUAUGAAAUAUAUCCUGCAUUAAUUUCAGGAAGCUUUGCCAAUUUGCAGAAUACUUUUGCAGCAUUGCAUUGUGUAGUAGAUGGUAUAUAAUAGGCAUUUACACAGAACUUGAAAAUGUCUCACAUCCUGUGCUAUUCUGCAAACUGUUAGAAAGUGAACAUACAAAAUGUAGUUUGAAUACAUGUGUGUGAUAUGAGUCCCCUACAGAAGGCUGCGUAAAGAGAGCAGGAAGAUGCCUUUGCUUUUCUAAUUUUCUCUCUCAGCAGUCCAUAACAUUGGUCUUAUUUUUAGCUAUCAGUAAUAUUGACUUUUUGCACACUCAGGACCGUAACAAAAAAAGAAGGCAGAAAAACAGCUGAAUUAUGUACAGAAACCAUUGAAAAGGACAGAUGCAUGACUCUCGAGACUUUAAAGCCAAUUAUUUUUGUAGGACAAUAAGGUGAUAACGUGGUGACGACUUUGUCCGCCCCAAGUGUUUUUGCAUGCCGUGACAGGAAACAACGCUAGCAGGUGCGGGGAUACUAACCUUGUAUUUUUCUACCUGUGAAGACGAGGCGGUUUCAGUACAAAGCACAGCUUUUUACAAAGGGAAACGUUUAGAUAGAUGGAGGCAUGUGAAUAACAGUAGCUUCUCAAAAUCUGAUGUCCCCAUUUUUUUUAGGUCUAUGUACAUAAAGUACAUACAUGUGUUAUAAUCUGACCAUUAACCUUUAUAAUGUUGAUGGUUUUGUAAACAGGAGAACAAAAAAAAAAAGCUCAAAAAAAUGUUGGAAAAAGCUAUUGCUGAAAUAGAAAAGCAGCUUAGCUUAGCUCGGGUCCUGUUUCCUUGCAGCCACCCACUGUGGUGGAAGUGCAUCGAUUUCCUUCUGGUUCUACAACACUAGACAAAGACACAGUGGGUGAACAUGGACAAUAUUUGGAUUCUUUUUACAGUACUUAUUUACAUUAAACCAGCUUUUGAUGUUAAUGCCAGCCCAGUGGUGCUAAUCUUUAACAUUUUGGGGACUCAAGAGAACCACAAAGCCAUAAGAUUUUACUCUUAAAGCUGGAAGAUUUUGAUUUCUCUGUUAAUGAUUUUUUUUUUUUUUUUGACUUUUAAACCUUGGAGCUGUAGUGUGGGAUCGUCUCAGAAACAGUAGCAUCUACCAAUCUGAGACAAGACAGCUCUUUGUAGAGCUUCUAGUGUCCUUGAACGCAGCAGUCCUGAUCUUAAUGGGUUCUUUAACCCUAUGGUCAAUGUAAUUACCCAGUUGGGAAUAUUUUGCAAGCAAAUUUGUCAUUUUUAUACACUUUUCAAGUUAUAUUGCUUGUGCUUUUCCCCCUUGUUUAAAUCGUUCACUGUAAUCCUGAUUAUUAGUUGUGAUUUAUGUUUUCGUGCUCUCAAUUGGUCUUUUUAGAUGUCUUGUAUAAAAUUAUACCCUUUAUUUUUCUCUGCCUAUAAAAAGUUGAUGUGAUGCUUUAUAUUUUUGUUUAUUAUUGUUGGUCUAUGAAUAAAAUAUAUAUCUUGUGGUGA